AAUGAUAUCCGCCAGAAAUGUCACAGCUAUUUGCUGUCGAAGGAUAUUAUCAACUUCAUCUUAUACAGUCAGAACACAUAUAUGUGAUGAGCUUAGUACUUCGAAUAAAAAUGAAAAAGUGAGUGUAAUGGGAUGGCUAUCCCACAAACGUAUGGAUCGAUUUUUCGUUUUACGCGAUGCUUAUGGUUCGGUUCAAGCGAAAAUAUCAGCAUCUUCGAAGCUGCAGAGCCUUUUAAAGGAUAUUCCCUAUGAAUCAGUUGUUCGAGUUGAUGGAAUUGUUGUUGAUCGUGGAGAUAAUCGUAACAGUAAAAUGAAAACCGGAGACAUUGAAAUCGAUGUUGAAGAACUGACAGUACUCAAUAAAGCUACUUCAAAUAUUCCUAUGCUACCGGAUGCCAAUGCAAAUGAAAGAACUCGGUUAAAAUAUAGAUACAUUGAUUUGAGAUCUGAUAAAUUACAAAAGAGUUUACGACUUCGUUCAGAAUUUGUGCACAAUGUUCGGAGGUUUCUCGUUGAAAAAAGUGGAUUUGUAGAUGUUGAAACACCAACUCUAUUUCGUCGUACUCCAGGUGGAGCUGCAGAAUUUGUUGUUCCAGCACCUUCUCCAAACCAGGGACUUGCCUAUUCAUUGCCUCAAAGUCCACAACAAUUUAAACAGCUUUUGAUGGUUGGAGCUAUCGAUAGAUAUUUUCAGAUUGCCCGAUGUUAUCGUGAUGAAGGAUCAAAAGGUGAUAGGCAGCCUGAAUUUACACAAGUUGAUGUGGAAAUGUCAUUUACAACACAAAAUGGAGUUAUGCAACUUAUUGAAGAUAUGAUUAUAUCUGCAUGGCCGGAGAGUUUGAACCAUAUUAAACCUAAAUCCCCGUUUCCAAGAAUACCGUAUUCUGAUGCAAUGAGACUCUAUGGAAUUGAUAAACCAGAUAUGCGAAUUCCGUGGCAAAUUGAUGACGUUGAUAACGAUAUAUUUGAAUUUUUGCAAAAAGAUAUUGAUGAUGAUACUUGGCGGUCAAGAAUUUUAGUUUGUCGAGGAGCUGGUAAAACAACGAUUUCGAAUUCAAUGAAAAAUGAAUGGAAACGAUUGAUUCAGAUGAAUGAGAAUGGAAAGAAUUUUGCAAUUUGUCAUCCGUCACAGAAAAGAUGGUUCAAACCGUUUGACAAUCAGAAAUUGAUCGAUCAAUUUGGAUUAAUUGAUGAAGAUGUUCUCAUUGUUUGCUGGGGAAAUUCAGAAGGGGUUUACUGGACUUUAGAAGUUUGCGGUCUUCGUUCAAAAAGCAAUGUAACUGCUCACUGGAUUGUGGAUUUUCCAUUGUUCUCAUUUGAAGAAGGACAACUUGUAUCAACACAUCAUCCAUUUACGGCUCCACUUGAAAAAGAUAUUGAUAUUCUUUAUUCCAAUGAUAUUGAUAAACUCUUACAAAUCACUGGACAACACUACGAUCUUGUUAUAAACGGAGUUGAAAUGGGUGGUGGAUCGAUUAGAAUUGAGAAUUCAGAAAUCCAGCGACACGUUCUGAAAGUUCUUGGAGAACCAACUGAUGAAAUGGAACAUCUUUUAAAUGCAUUAUCUCAUGGUGCACCACCACAUGGAGGAUUUGCUUUAGGACUUGAUAGAUUCGUUGCAAUGCUUACUUCCGAUGGGAAUCCUCUCACACCAGUUCGAGAUGUUAUUGCUUUUCCAAAAACAAAAAAUGGAAAAGAUUUGAUGAGUGAUGCGCCUGCAACAUUAUCCCAGAAACAGCUAGAAAGAUAUGGAAUCUCCUUGUUACCCAACGCUGUGGAAUGAUGUGGAUUGACAAAUUUCGUAUUAUAGUGAUACUAUAGUGAUAAAAUUAGUUUUUUUUAAUGUAUUGUUGUUGUUGUUUUUAUUUUUAAAUAAUGAAUACGUUUAGCUUU